AUGCGAUUUGGCAGAGCAGCGGCCUGCGCCGCGUUCGCGGGUUGGAUAGGGGCAGGCGUGGCACACAACAUCGCUCUGAAAGCACACACAAGAGAAUGUUUCCAUGAAGAACUACACAAGGACGACAAGAUGACGGUGACCUUUCAAGUGGGCGACCGUGAAUUCGGAGGUGCUGGGAACCUGGACAUUGAUUUCUACAUCACCGAUCCUUCGGGGUCUUAUGAAACCCAGCUCAACUCGGUGUCCUCGGGCGACUACUCGUUCGAUGCACGCAUGGAUGGGAAAUACGUCUACUGCUUCAGCAACGAGCAUUGGUCCGCCAACAGCAAGGAAGUCUCUUUCAACGUCCACGGCAUUGUCUACGUCCCCGAGUCCGAGGCGCCCCAGGACCCGCUGGAAACGGAAGUCCGCCAACUCUCCGAUCUCCUCGCCCAAGUCAAGGACGAGCAAGCCUACAUUGUCGUCCGUGAGCGAACGCACCGAAACACAGCCGAAAGCACAAACUCAAGGGUCAAAUGGUGGUCGAUAUUCCAACUGGGCGUGUUGAUAGGAGAAGGAGUGUUCCAGGUCUGGUGGUUGAAGCGGUUCUUCGAGGUGAAUAGCCGACCCCUUCCAUGA